UUCUUUUCUCUCUACCUUCCUCUCAUAUCCUAAUUUCCAUCAAACAAAGCAAAGCAUAAUUAUCCUCCUUCUUACAUUAUUUUCCCUCUUUUUUCGUCUACUUCAUAUCCCUUCCCAGUUAAUUCAUCAAUCCAAUAAAACAAGAAUUAAAUCACGUAUGUUCAUUUUCAUUCAGUAUUUGCAUGCAUGCAAGCCUCAUUAACAAACGACAUUGGAACAUGGUAUAUAUGAUCUCUGUGCCUUGGUAAUUAAAGCCAGGUAAUGCGUGUUUUGACACAUGAAAGAGUCCUCUAUUAGGAUUUGCACAUAAGAGAGGAAGUGAAAGGUUGUUGUUGUAACCUCAAGGGAGGUUCAUAUAUAGGAAAACAAAAAUGGGAGAUAAAAGCAAUAAAACGGAUGAGUAUAUAGUAUGCUAUGCACCUACCAUGAUAACAACAAAUGGGGUGUGGCAAGGAGACAACCCUUUGGAUUAUUCUCUACCUCUUUUCAUCUUGCAAAUGACUUUAGUUGUGGUUGCCACCCGCAUAUUCGUCUUCAUUCUCAAGCCUUUUCGCCAGCCACGCGUUAUUGCUGAAGUCUUGGGUGGAGUAAUGUUGGGUCCAUCGGUGCUAGGUCAAAGCGAAGCAUUUGCCAAUGCAGUGUUUCCUCUAAGAAGUGUGAUGAUUAUUGAAACAAUGGCAAACAUUGGUCUUCUCUAUUUUCUCUUCUUGGUGGGGGUGGAGAUGGACAUAACAGUGAUGCGCACUAUGGGUAGAAAAGCUGUGGCUUCAGCAAUUGCUGGCAUGGUUUUGCCUUUCAUCAUUGGAGUAGCCUUCUCCUUCCUUUUGACCAGAGAAUCUGACUCCAACAUCAACCAAGGCACUUUCAUCCUAUUCCUUGGUGUUGCUCUUUCUGUCACUGCAUUUCCUGUUCUUGCUAGGAUCCUUGCAGAGCUUAAACUUGUCAACACUGAGUUGGGGAAGCUUGCUCUUUCAGCUGCACUCAUCAAUGAUGUGUGUGCUUGGAUUCUCUUGGCUUUGGCUAUUGCUAUGGCUGAGACUGAAACCACUUCAUUGGCUUCUCUUUGGGUUCUAUUGUCUAGUGCAGCGUUUGUGGCCUUUUGUGCUUAUGUUGUUAGGCCAACAGCUAUGUGGAUAGUUAAGAAAACCCCUGAGGGAGAAUCCUUCAGUGAGUUUUACAUAUCUCUUAUUCUUGCUGGGGUCAUGAUCUCAGGCUUCAUAACUGAUGCCCUUGGAACUCAUUCUGUUUUUGGAGCAUUUGUGUUUGGUUUGUCAAUCCCAAAUGGGCCUCUCAGUUUUACCCUUGUGGAGAAGCUUGAGGACUUUGUUUCAGGCCUUCUGCUGCCUCUCUUUUUUGCCAUCAGUGGGCUGAAAACUAACCUAGGGCUCAUCCAAGGGACAUACACCUGGGCAGUUCUUCUUCUGGUCAUUUUUCUGGCUUGCAUUGGUAAAAUUGUUGGAACCAUAUUGGUUGCACUGUUCUAUCAAAUGCCAAUGCAUGAAGGAGCAGCUCUGGGUUUACUCAUGAACACAAAAGGCCUUGUUGAAAUGGUUGUUCUGAAUGUUGGGAAGGACCAGAAGGUUUUUGACGAAGAAUCAUUUGCAGUCAUGGUGGUUAUAACCGUGAUAAUGACUGGAAUCAUCGUACCUGCCAUAUCAAUCAUUUACAAGCCAUCAAGGAAUUCCGUAUACUACAAAAGAAGAACCAUUGAGAUAUCAAAAUCAGAUGCUGAGUUCAGAGUCCUAAUUUGUGUCCACACCCCUCGCAACGUGCCAACAAUGAUCAACCUCCUUGAAGCCUCAAACCCCACAAAGAACUCCCCAAUAUGUGUCUACGUUCUCCACUUGGUGGAACUCAGUGGCCGUACAUCAGCCAUGCUCAUAGUCCACAACACUACAAAAUCAGACCUUCCUGCACUCAACAGAACCGAGGCUCAAUCAGACCACAUAAUCAAAGCCUUCGAAAACUACGAGCAACACGCUUCAUUCAUCUCAGUGCAGCCCUUAACAGCAAUCUCCCCUUACUCCACCAUGCAUGAAGACAUAUGCAACUUGGCAGCAGAUAAACGUGUGUCCCUCAUAAUAGUUCCUUUCCACAAGCAACAAACGGUGGAUGGUGGCAUGGAAGCCACAAACAUGGCUUAUAGAGCCAUCAACCAGAAUGUGCUUGCAAACGCACCUUGCUCAGUGGGGAUUCUUGUUGAUAGAAGCUUGAGUGGCUCAAACCGUUUGGCUGCAAACCAAAUCUCUCACCAUCUUGCUGUGUUGUUCUUUGGAGGACCAGAUGAUAGAGAGGCUUUGUGCUAUGGUUGGAGAAUGGUGGAACAUCCAGGGAUAAGCCUCACCAUAAUGAGGUUUAUCCCAGGUGAUCAAGCAUCUGAGCCAGUGAAGCAACAUAAUGACACAGACCCUAACCCUGAUGAACCUAGGGUUUUGACAGUGCAAACAGAUAAGGAUAUUCAAAAGAACCUUGAUGAGAAGCUCCUACAUGAGUUUAGAAUGACGUGUGGUGAUGAUGCUUCCGUUGAGUAUGUUGAGAAGAUGGUGAACAAUGGGGAGGACACAGUGGCAGCAAUAAGGGCAAUGGAUGACAUUCAUGACCUUUUCAUUGUUGGAAGAGGCCAAGGGAUGAUUUCACCACUCACUGCAGGAAUCACUGAUUGGAGUGAGUGCCCUGAGAUUGGUGCAAUUGGGGACCUGCUUGCAUCUUCAGACUUUGCAGCCACUGCUUCAGUGUUGGUGGUGCAGCAAUAUGUUGGGGAAGGUUCACAUUAUGAUGGGUUGGAAACACCACAUGGUGAUGAUUAUAUGGCUGGUCUUCAAUCUACACCACCACCACCACAUUAAGCGUUCAGUUCAAAACACUAGAGAGUUUUGAUUCUGCAACCUUCCCGUUGUGUCAUAACAAAAUGCAGAAGAUAUUUUUUUUCUUUCUUUUGUUUAUCUGUGUAUCAUUGGAUCUUGUAUUAUGUCUUUUGGUGUAGUUGUUUUUUUGUUUAUAUGUAGCUUCUUCAACUCCUACAACAAAUGUACAUACAGUUGCAUAAAAUUAUGUUAGCACAUUUUUUUUUGUUGAUAUUGGAUAAGUCUGUUAAAAUUGAGAGUUUUGUUUGAUAUUUUGGAAGUCAAAUAUGUUAAAUAUGUUAUUUUAUGUUUUCAGGUGAGUAAUCAAUUUAGUUAACCUGUUAGUAGGUGAAAUUGAGUGAUAUAUAACUCAUGUU